AAUGUUGAGCAUGCUUACAUUUUACUGCUAAAUAGUCAUAGUAUUAAUAGUUUUGUGUAAACAGGCUAAUUGAAUAGUCAAGCAGUAAAUAUUUGUGUCGUAGAUUAAUUUAUCAUGGGUCGCAAAGCAAAAUUUGAUGAAACUAAGAAGGUGAAAAAAGGACCCGGCAGAAAAGCUCGAAAGCAACCUGAUCCAGUGUUCAAGAAGGAACUGUUAAAAGAUGAUGAUACAGUCGAAAAGAAGCUUACUCAUAGACAAAAGCAAAGAGCAGCCAAGAGAGCAAAGAAGAAGGCAGAAAUAGCAGAAAAGAGGAAAGCACUAAAACAAGCAAAGAAGAAUGUUGCAAAACAAACUGAGGUUACAGUCGCAAAUGAAGAGGAUAACAGUUCAGAUGAAGAAACUGCACAGGGUUACACUGAUGACAAUAAGGAAUGGUUGAAACCUAAACAGAAGAAGAAACAGAAAGGCAAAGCGGCUAAGGAAGAAACAGAGUCUGAGGAAGAUGAUGACAGUGGACAUGAAGAUGAUAGUGAUGAUGAUGAUCAAGAAUCUGAAGUUGAAGAUGAUUCUGACGAUGAACCUGCAGGAAAGAAGAAAGCUGGAAAAGAAAAGUAUAAGGUUGGGACUUUGGAUGAUUUAUUCAAAGAUUCAGAUAAUGAUGAAAAUGGUGAUGUGACAUCAGAAGAUGAAGGUGCGGCCAGUGGUGGCAAAUUAGAAUAUGACUCUGACUCCAGUGCGGCAGAUAAAGACAGUGAUGACGAUGACGAUGAUGAUGAUGACGACAUGCUGCCCAUAGAAAAAGCAAACUUGAGAUUAAAGAAGAAACAAAAAGUUGAUAAAAAACUAGCUGAUGAGGAAAUGCAAUUGAAUAUCGCCAAACAAGAUGUCUUUGCCUUCCCAUCUGAAGAAGAACUACAAAAUCCCGCAAGUCUACAGGAUGUUCAUCAAAGAAUCAAAGAUGUUGUGACAGUCUUAGGUGAUUUUAAUCGUUUAAAAGAAGAAAACAGGUCUCGCUGUGAAUACACUGAUCUCCUUCUGAAGGACCUUUGCACAUAUUACAGUUACAAUGAAUUUCUUAUGGAAGUACUCAUGCAAAUUUUCCCUGUACAAGAACUAGUUGAAUUUUUGGAGGCUAGUGAAGUUGCGCGCCCUGUUACUAUAAGAACUAACAGCCUUAAAACCAGACGCCGAGAUUUAGCUCAGGCUCUCAUCAACAGAGGAGUGAAUCUAGACCCUGUUGGCAAAUGGAGUAAAGUAGGUCUUGUAGUGUACAGUUCCACUGUUCCCAUUGGUGCUACUCCUGAAUAUUUAGCUGGUCAUUACAUUUUACAAGGUGCCUCCAGUUACCUGCCAGUAAUGGCUCUAGCCCCACAAGAGAAUGAGAGGAUACUGGACAUGUGUGCUGCACCUGGUGGCAAGGCGUCGCAUAUUGCAGCCAUCAUGAAGAAUACGGGAACAUUAUUCGCUAAUGACGCUAAUAAAGAGAGAACAAAAGCUAUUGUUGGCAACUUCCACAGGUUAGGUGUAGUGAAUGCAGUUAUCUGUAACCAUGAUGGAAGAGAGUUCCCUGACGUCAUGAAGGGCUUCGAUAGAGUGUUAUUAGAUGCUCCUUGUACUGGGACAGGGGUCAUAGCUAAAGAUCCUAGCGUGAAGACUACUAAAGAUCAGAAAGAUAUUCAGAGGUGUUUUAACAUACAGAGACAACUUCUUCUUGCUGCCAUUGACUGUUGCAGUGCAAAGUCAAGUACUGGUGGCUACAUUGUGUACUCAACAUGUUCUAUUCUGCCUGAAGAGAAUGAAUGGGUAGUGAACUAUGCUCUGAAGCGAAGAAAUGUUAAGUUAGUGCCCACAGGACUUGAUUUUGGCACUGAAGGGUUUGUUAAGUACAGACACCACAGGUUCCAUCCCUCGCUGAAACUGACCAGAAGGUUUUACCCUCACACACAUAAUAUGGAUGGUUUUUAUGUGGCAAAGUUCAAGAAGUUUUCGAAUGUCAUUCCUGAACCGUUCAAAGACGAAGAUGAUGAAGAAAUUGAGCCAAAAACAAAUGAAGAAGCAACAGAAAAUGGAGAUGUUCAGUCUGAAGAUGAAAAAGACGACAAACAAACACAAAAGAAGAAACAGUCGCCAGUUAAAAGAUCAGCACCCUCGGAUAAUGCUCAGCCACAAAAGAAGAAAAGCAAGCCCAGUGCGCAACCAAAACCUGCAAGCACUCAACAAGUAACUAAUCAAGUCAAUCCUCAGCCCACUGAAAAUAAUAACCAAAAGAAAAAGAAAAACCGUAAAAACAAAAAGAAGAAACAGAACACUGAGAACUCUAAUAAUGUACCGGCUCCUAGCGGCAAUGGUCCUGAAAAAUCUGUGAAACCAAAUGUUGCACAAAAUCAAAACAAGAAAAGUAAACAGGCUGUAAAUACGCCUCAGAAAGUGGAAAAUAACGAGCACAAGAGCAGUCCUAAACCGCCACAAAGUAAAUCUGAUGCAGUACAAACAAAUCAAAGUCCGAAUAAGAAGAAAAAGAAGAAUAAAAACAAACAAGGCGCAAUUCCACCAAAACAAGCUAAAGAAACUCCACAAGCUAUUAGCAAAAAUGAAGACAAAAUCACAGAACAAGUUGCAGUCGCUGCUGCUCAAAAAUUAAAAGGCAAACUCAACAAGAAAAAGAAGCAAAUAGGUCAAAUUAAUCCCAAUAAAGAAAAAGCGCCGGCAAAAGGCCAAGGAGCUGGAAAGAAAUUUAAGAAGAAUAAGUAAAAUGUUAUUUUAGGUAAGAUAUGAAAACAAUGUUAUUUUGAUAAUAAAACUGAUGUUUUAUCUUA